AUGGGGCAGUGGCGCAACAACCGUGUAAAUGAGGUGGACAAGUCCACCGGCCCCCGAGGUCUCAUGGCCCCGAGGUCUCAGGUCCCCGAGGUCUCAUGGCCCCGAGGUCUCAGGUCCCCGAGGUCUCAGGUCCCCGAGGUCUCAUGGCCCCGAGGUCUCAUGGCCCCGAGGUCUCAUGGCCCCGAGGUCUCAGGUCCCCGAGGUCUCAGGUCCCCGAGGUCUCAGGUCCCCGAGGUCUCAGGUCCCCGAGGUCUCAGGUCCCCGAGGUCUCAGGUCCCCGAGGUCUCAGGUCCCCGAGGUCUCAGGUCCCCGAGGUCUCAGGUCCCCGAGGUCUCAGGUCCCCGAGGUCUCAGGUCCCCGAGGUCUCAGGUCCCCGAGGUCUCAUGGCCCCGAGGUCUCAGGUCCCCGAGGUCUCAUGGCCCCGAGGUCUCAUGGCCCCGAGGUCUCGGGUCCCCGAGGUCUCAGGUCCCCGGGCUGUUUGAGUAA